AUGUCCGCAUCCACAGUUUCCGUCACUGCAAAUACCACUUCCACCCGGCGCCGAGCCGCGGAGAAGAAGCAGCCAACCGCCGGCUUAGAUUUGGCUGCUGACUCGACCCAGAUGGUCGCCACCGCGGCCUCCCCAAUAACUCCCGAUACAAACACAAACAAUUCCAGUGCUAGACUAACCGCCGGUGGUACUUCCGCCGGGAUCCACAAGGAUGUGAUCCACGUUAGAAAACCGCCUCCCAACACUACUAGCGGUGACCAAGCGACGACACGACGGAAUGGAGCGUCAAGAAAGUCCUCAAAACCCAAUAAGCCAUUCUGGCUCACUGCGAUCAGCAUUUUUGCUAAGAAUUUUGUGCUCUUGUUGGCAUUAGUAAGUUUUGUCCAGAUGAUCCAGUGGGCAGUUACAAAAAUGUCGAGUCAUGAUACAGAUGGGAUUUCAGCAAUGUCAGGGGAUGUGGACGGUAAGUUCGCCGAGAUGGAUAAGUUCGUGAAGAAGUCGUUAAAAGCCAUGCAGGUCCAAGUGGAGGCCAUUGACCAAAAAUACGAGAAGGGAAUCAGUUCAAUAAAAAAGGAAUUUGGUGAGAAAUUAGAUAACCAAGGGGAAAAAGUGGAUUUGAAGUUGAAAGAGUUGGAUGGAAGGAGUGAACUUUUUGAGAAGUUCAUGGGCGAUUUUGAGUCAAAAAGUUUAUUAUCUAAGGAAGAAUUUAGUGAUUUCUUCGAGGAGUUUAGGAAGUCAAAGACGAAUGGAGAUGGUUAUGGUGACGAGGUUAGCCUGGACCAGGUUAGGGAAUACGCGAGGAAUAUAAUAGAGAAGGAAAUUCAGAGGCAUGCGGCUGACGGGCUCGGGAUGGUGGAUUAUGCGUUGGCAUCUGGCGGCGCGGUGGUGGUAAGGCAUUCAGAGCCAUUUGGGAAAGUGACUGGGAGUGUGAGUUGGUUGACAAAUCGUAAUAAGGUUCAUGCUGAUGCAGAAAAAAUGCUUAGACCAAGCUUUGGGGAGCCUGGGCCCUGUUUUCCUCUUAAGGGAAGUAGUGGAUUUGUUCAGAUCAAGCUUAGGACUGCCAUUAUUCCCGAGGCCGUGACACUGGAACAUGUAGCCAAGAGUGUGGCUUAUGAUAGGUCCAGUGCUCCCAAGCACUGUAGGGUCUCUGGAUGGCUGCAGGGACAAGAUUUGACAAAUCCGGUGAUUGAUAUUGAGAAAAUGUUCCUCCUGACAGAAUUUACCUACGACCUUGACAAGAGCAGUGCUCAAACUUUUAAUGUGUUAGAAGCUUCUCCUGUUGUUGACACAAUCCGGCUCGACUUCACAUCCAACCAUGGGAGCGCUUCUCAUACAUGCAUCUACCGAUUGAGGGUUCAUGGUUACGAACCCAACUCCGUCUCCACGAUGGCAGUUUAA